AUGAGUUUGUUAGCGAUAACGGCACGCCAUCUUCAGACAACAAUCCCUUGUGUCACGCUUACGAGAUUAUUCGAGAACAUUCGCCUUGUAAACUCUACAUGGACGUCGAAUUCAUGUAUGAAUUCAAUCCAGGAAUCGAUCCUUCGGCGACUCUCUCGCUGCUGCUUCGAUUUGUGUCGUUUUGUUUGUUUUACAAGUACGGAAUCCGCGUGGUUCCAGAACACUUCGCGUGCAUUUUCAGUGAGAAUGAAAGCAAGUUUAGUUGCCAUGUGCUGCUCAAUCGAAACAAUCUCUAUUUCCGAAACUACAAAGAGCUCAAAGGGUUCAUGAAUUGGGCGGUUGAUUCGCUCUUCGCCUCGCCGACCUGCGAGUUUUUCCCGCUCUUCGUGAACGGGAAAGAAAAGAAA